CAGACGCCGUCAUCACAUCAACACAGUCACGUUUGUGUAUUUUGAUGUUUCUUGUCUGAUCCAGAUCGUUGGGUUUGGUCGUGUUUGGGGAGCCAGUGUCGAUCUCUCUGCCGCAGCACCAGGUCCAGGUGACGUUGUGACAUCUGAGAAGCAUGGCGGACGGUCCAGAGGCUGAUGUUGACGACCCGCCCAGUAUCAAUUUCCCUCCGCUCAUCACUGUCUCUGAUCUGCCCAGUGCCACUGCUGCAGGCCGUAACCUAAAAGAAUGGCUCCAGGAGCAGUUCUGCGACAAACCUCUGGAGCAGGAUGACAUGCGGCUGCACAAUGCAGCCUAUGUUGGAGAUCUGGACACCCUGAGGAACCUGCUGCAGGAGGACAGCUUCAGACGGCGUAUCAACGAGAAGUCUGUGUGGUGUUGUGGCUGUCUGCCCUGCACCCCUCUGCGGAUCGCAGCCACAGCAGGACACGCUGCCUGCGUGGCCUAUCUGAUCGCCCAGGGAGCUGAGGUGGACCUAGUUGAUGUUAAAGGUCAAACAGCCCUCUAUGUAGCUGUGGUGAAUGGUCACCUGGAGUGUGUGCGGAUCCUCCUUGAAGCCGGAGCCGAUCCCAACGGAAGUAGGCAUCACCGCAGCACCCCGCUGUACCACGCUGCACGGGUGGGAAGGCUGGACAUACUGCAGGAGCUCAUCAGGUUCAAUGCUGAUGUCGAUAUGGACCACCAGCUGGGUCCCCGGCUCCUCUUAAGUGCUCGCACCCUCAACACUCUGGUGGUGUGUCCUCUCUACAUCAGCGCUGCCUACCACCACCUCCACUGUUUCCGACUGUUGCUCCAGGCCGGCGCUCAGCCUGAUUUUAACUACACAGGGCCCGUCUGCCAAGAAGCUUUGACCCGCGGCCUGGCCUCCUGCCUGCUGGAUGCUGUGCUGCGACACGGAUGUGAGGUAGCCUUCAUCCACCUGCUGCUGGACCACGGGGCCAACCCAGCCCUUGUGCCCUGGGACGGGUCAGAGCUGGAGGCUCCUAAUCGGAGGAAGGUGGAUCAGGAGGCACUCAGGGUCUUUCUGGAGGCGAGGAGAAGCCCUCGCAGGCUGACAUACCUGUGUCGCAUCAGGAUCCGCAGAACGAUGGGCAAACAUCGUCUAAACCACAUACCUUCGUUACCGCUACCACCACCCAUCAAGAACUUCCUGCUUCACCAAAACUGAAAACCAUCCACCUUCUCUUCUUCUACAGAGCUCUUCCAACUCAAACCUUAAAAAAACAGCCCCAACCCCCAGGAGAGAGCAUAUUGUGAUCCCAGUUUGCUAUUUGCAUAUUAUUUUCUAAUAGUAAACAGUUAAUAAUAUUAUUUUUCAAACAUUUUGAAGUUAAGAGUUAUGUAAUACACCUAUCUUCCUAUUAUUGUAAUAAUUUAUUGAAAUGCUUCUUAACUUAUCAGAGAAGCCUUAGUACGUUCUGACUUGUGGAAAAUAUACCGGUAUGUGUAUCCAAAGUGUUUGCCUUGUGACUUCCCAAAUCACUGGGACGUGUUCUGGUCCUACUUCAACUAGCACUUUUCAGCUGAACAGCCAUAGUGAGAAUGUUAUUUGGUUUGAAGCAAUGACUUAAACACGCCAUGUGUUGAAUAUCCUGUUCAGAGGAGCUUUACUCAGAUGCAGCUUCUUGAAUUGCUCAUUUUUCUGUUUUAUGUACACUUGGAUUUAAAGGCCUUUUACUGACUCUAAGCCAGAGUGAGUGGCAGAAUGUGCAGCAACCCUGUGUUCUUAUAUUUAUACUGUAGACCACUUACAUUAUAAGUGAUCACUUGUGUGAAGUGCAAGGAUGAAAAUGUGUCCUAUAGGUUAGAUUGGAUUUUUUCUUUUAACCGUAUGCCUUAAUGUUGAGUUUUGUAAAAUGGCCUCAAAGAUUCAUCAGACAAGAAAAACUAAUGGUGGAACUGUAAAAUUUUAAGGACAAAAACAUGAACAAAAAGUUUUAAAUGAGCAAUUUAAGGUCCUGGAUCUGAACUGAAAACACUGCUAGCAAGAGAAAAGUUUACAUUUGGGGUCUACUUAUUACUAAUGUAGGUGUUACCAUCAGGUAAAAAACGUGUACUGUUUAAGCAAAUUUAACAAAACCCUCCCUGUAAAUGAAAUUUAUUUAUGAUCAUAAGAAUGACUUUGUAUUUAUUGCCCAGAAAGCUGCCUUUCUGUAAGUCUGUUGCACUGAUUGGCAUCUGUGCAUGUCUGUUGCACAGCUCUGUUAAGUUUCUCACACAUUGUUACUGGUCAACAUGAAAUGUCAGUGCGUUUAGCUUUUUGUGUCUCAUCUUUGUUUGCAUACAGUAAAUGUAUAA